UCUUUAACUUGUGCCAUAUCUUUAACCCGUGCCUUAUCUUUAAUCCAUGCCUUAUCUUUAACCCAUGCCAUAUCUUUAAUCCAUGCCAUAUCUUUAACCCAUGCCACAUCUUUAACCUGUGUCAUAUCUUUAACCCAUGUCAUAUCUUUAACCCGUGCCUUAUCUUUAAUCCAUGCCUUAUCUUUAACCCGUGCCUUAUCUUUAAUCCAUGCCUUAUCUUUAACCCGUGCCUUAUCUUUAACCCGUGCCAUAUCUUUAACUUGUGCAAUAUCUUUAACCUGUGUCACAUCUUUAACCCAUGCCAUAUCUUUAAUUUGUGUCAUAUCUUUAACCCGUGCCUUAUCUUUAACCUGUGUCAUAACGUACAAUUUACGUUUCAUUUAA